GCAGUAAUGUAGCUCUGCUUAUCAGAUGUGUGGAGAUGCGCUGCAGAGAUCGCUGCUGUUCUGCCAUAACGCUCUCCCAUUCAGACCCAGCUCAGCCACCAGUUAUGGAGGGCGUCACCAUGUAGAAGCAGUGUGAGAGGUGCAUGAUGGGAUACAGCACUCAGAGCAUCGCUGGACUGCAGCCCGGAGAGCGUUGCUCUGGACCUCGCUUUGGGGAGGUGUAGAACAUGGAUCUCUUUAUUUCUUUUUUCCUUCACGUGCACCGGAUUCCCCCUCUCGUACCCUGACCUCGUGCAAAUUCUCACCGACCGCAAACAGAGCCACCGAUUUUGUCACUGUUACUAUCACUGAAACCGAUUCACCUGCGACCCGAGUUCUGAGCAAUACUGUCCGCCAUGGGGGAGAAGGCCAACAGCGAUUUCUACAGCAAGAGCCAGAGCGCGCAGGCGGGCCAGGAUGGAGAGUUCGGCUGCUCCCUGCAGGAGCUGCGCUCUCUCAUGGAGCUCCGCGGCACCGAGGCCCUCCUCAAAAUCCAGGAGGAUUAUGGGAGCACAGAGGGCCUCUGCAGGAGGCUGAAAACCUCGCCCACAGAGGGCCUGCCUGGAGUUGUUACUGAUGCAGCCAAAAGGAUAGAAACCUACGGGAAGAACUUCAUUCCUCCAAAGAAGCCAAAAACCUUCCUGCAGCUGGUGUGGGAGGCCCUGCAGGACGUCACCCUCAUCAUCCUGGAGUUUGCAGCCCUUAUCUCCCUGGGACUGUCCUUCUACCAGCCGCCAGGACAGGAGAGCGACUUGUGUGGGAAGGUUUCCGGGGGUGCAGAGGAUGAGGGCGAGGCGGAGGCGGGCUGGAUCGAGGGCGUGGCCAUCCUGCUGUCGGUGGUGUGUGUGGUCCUGGUCACUGCCUUCAACGACUGGAGCAAAGAGAAGCAGUUCCGGGGCCUGCAGAGCCGCAUCGAGCAGGAGCAGAAAUUCACCGUCAUCCGCGGCGGCCAGGUCAUCCAGAUCCCUGUGGCUGACAUCUUGGUGGGAGACAUCGCACAGGUCAAAUACGGCGACCUGCUUCCAGCCGAUGGGGUCCUGAUACAGGGGAACGAUUUAAAGAUUGACGAGAGCUCCCUGACGGGCGAGUCAGACCAUGUGCGCAAGGCUGUGGACAGAGACCCCAUGCUGCUGUCAGGCACCCAUGUGAUGGAGGGUUCAGGCCGCAUGGUGGUGACGGCGGUGGGUGUGAACUCUCAGACCGGGAUCAUCUUCACUCUACUGGGGGCUGGUGGUGAGGAAGAGGAGGAACAGAAGGAGAGGAAGGGUAAGAGGCAGAAUGGCAGUAUGGAGAACAGUCAGAUCAAAGUGAAGAAGCACGAGGGAGCUGCAGCCAUGGAGAUGGAGCCGCUGAAGAGCGCUGAAGGAGGAGACUCCGACGACAAGGAGAAGAGAAAGGCCAACGUGUCCAAGAAGGAGAAAUCUGUCCUGCAAGGCAAACUCACAAAGCUAGCAGUUCAGAUAGGAAAAGCAGGUCUGGUGAUGUCAGCGAUCACGGUCAUAAUCCUGGUGCUGUAUUUUGCCAUUGAGAACUUUGUGCUGGAGAGCAGGCCCUGGCUGCCAGAGUGCACCCCCGUCUAUAUUCAGUACUUCGUCAAGUUCUUCAUCAUCGGCGUCACCGUGCUGGUGGUGGCUGUCCCCGAGGGCCUUCCCCUGGCUGUCACCAUCUCCCUGGCUUACUCUGUCAAGAAAAUGAUGAAGGAUAAUAACCUGGUGAGGCACCUGGACGCAUGUGAGACCAUGGGAAACGCCACGGCCAUCUGCUCCGACAAGACCGGCACCCUCACCACCAACCGCAUGACCGUGGUGCAGGCCUACCUGGCUGACGUCCACUACAAAGAGGUCCCCAAACCGGAGUCCCUGCCCACCAAAACGCUGGACAUCCUGGUCAACGCCAUUGCCAUCAACUGUGCCUACACCACCAAGAUCCUGCCCCCCGAUAAGGAAGGCGGCCUCCCCAAGCAGGUGGGCAAUAAGACUGAGUGCGGUUUGCUGGGGUUUGUCCUGGACCUGGGCCGCGACUACCAGCCAGUCCGCAACCAGAUCCCCGAGGAGAAGCUGUACAAGGUGUACACCUUCAACUCCGUGCGCAAGUCCAUGAGCACCGUCAUCCGGCUGGCCGACGGCAGCUUCCGCACGUACUGCAAGGGAGCGUCAGAGAUCAUUCUGAAGAAGUGUUCUCGUAUCCUGGAUAAGUCAGGUGAGCCACGGGCGUUCCGGCCCCGGGACCGGGAUGACAUGGUGAAGAAGGUGAUCGAGCCAAUGGCAUGUGACGGGCUUAGGACCAUCUGCGUGGCGUACCGCGAUUUCCCUGCCGACCCCGAGCCCGACUGGGACAACGAGAACGACAUCCUCUCCAACCUCACUGCCAUCUGCGUCGUCGGCAUCGAGGAUCCAGUCAGGCCAGAGGUGCCUGAGGCAAUCAGGAAGUGCCAGCGCGCGGGCAUCACCGUGCGCAUGGUUACCGGAGACAACAUUAACACCGCCCGUGCCAUCGCCAUCAAGUGCGGCAUCAUACACCCGGGAGAGGACUUCCUGUGCAUCGACGGGAAAGAGUUCAACCGGCGGAUCCGCAACCAGAAGGGAGAGGUGGAGCAAGAGCGAAUUGACAAGCUGUGGCCCAAACUCCGAGUUCUGGCCAGAUCCUCACCGACGGACAAACACACACUAGUCAAAGGUAUCAUCGACAGCACGCUGGUGGACCAGAGGCAGGUUGUGGCCGUGACGGGGGAUGGAACCAACGAUGGACCGGCGCUGAAGAAGGCAGAUGUGGGAUUCGCUAUGGGCAUCGCUGGCACUGAUGUGGCGAAGGAGGCCUCAGACAUCAUCCUGACGGACGAUAAUUUCUCCAGCAUCGUGAAGGCGGUGAUGUGGGGGAGGAAUGUGUAUGACAGCAUCUCCAAGUUCCUGCAGUUCCAGCUCACUGUCAACGUGGUGGCUGUCAUUGUGGCCUUCACUGGGGCCUGUAUCACACAGGACUCCCCCCUGAAGGCGGUGCAGAUGCUGUGGGUGAAUCUGAUCAUGGACACCUUCGCCUCUCUGGCUCUGGCCACCGAGCCUCCCACCGAGUCCCUGCUGCUGCGCAAACCCUACGGCCGCAACAACCCCCUCAUCUCCCUCACCAUGAUGAAGAACAUCCUGGGUCACGGCCUCUACCAGCUCUCCAUCAUCUUCACCCUGCUCUUUGUGGGUGAGCAGAUCUUCGACAUGGACAACGGGAGGAACGCACCGCUGCACUCUCCCCCGUCCGAGCACUACACCGUCAUCUUCAACACCUUCGUCAUGAUGCAGCUCUUCAACGAGAUCAACGCCCGCAAGAUCCACGGCGAGCGCAACGUGUUUGACGGAAUCUUCCGGAACCCCAUCUUCUGCUCCAUCGUGCUGGGCACCUUCGCCAUCCAGGUCGUCAUCGUGCAGUUUGGGGGGAAACCCUUCAGCUGCUCACCCCUGGACCUGGAGAAGUGGAUGUGGUGCGUGUUUCUGGGGCUCGGAGAGCUGGUUUGGGGUCAGGUGAUCGCCACGAUACCCAAUAGCAGGUUAAACUUCCUGAAGGGGGCGGGGCAGCUGACCUAUAAGGAGGAGGUCCCGGAGGAGGAGCUGAACGACGAGGAGGAGGAGAUUGAUCACGGCGAGAGAGAGCUCCGGCGGGGCCAGAUCCUCUGGUUCCGAGGGCUAAGCAGGAUUCAGACCCAGAUGGAGGUGGUGAACACGUUCAAGAGCGGGACUCCUUUGCAGGGGCCGCUGAGACGGCAGUCCUCCUCCGCCAGCCAGGGCCACGAUGUUCCCCAUGUCUGUAGCCCCUCUCACAUCCGCGUUGUGAAUGCAUUCCGCAGCUCUCUCUAUGACUCCCUGGAGAAGCCAGAGUCCAGGACAUCCAUUCACAGCUUCAUGACUCAUCCGGAGUUCAGGAUAGAGGACUCGCAGCCCCACCUCCCCCUCAUAGACCACGCCCACACGCUGGAGGGGUCAGGACUGAAGCGCAUCUCCAGCCAGCCCUCCUCACCCAGCAAGAACAACAACACGGCCGACAGCGGCAUCAACCUGACCAUCGACACCAGUAAGUCUGCCGCUUCCUCCAGCCCCAGCAGCCCCCUGCACAGUGUGGAGACCUCACUGUAGCUCCCCGACGCAGCGCAGAUACCUCACAGCUGCGCUUUCACUCAGCGCCGAGACCCCGCUGUUGCGCUUUUACACAGAGGGGAGACCACGCUGUUGCGCUUUUACACAGAGGGGAGACCAUGCUGUUGCACUUUUACACAGAGGGAAGACCACGCUGUUGCACUUUUUACACAGAAGGGAGACCACGCUGUUGCGCUUUUACACAGAGGGGAGACUCCGCUCUUGGUCUUUUGUACAGUGCGGAGACCUCACUGUACCUGUCCCGUACAGCAGGGUGGCCUCGCUCCAAACCUUCCUCACAGUAUGGAGACUUCUCUGUUGCUCCUCUACACAGUGUUGAGACCUCACUGUUGCUCUUCGAAAGCGAGGUGACCUUGCUGUUGCCAUUCUGCAAAAGCGGGGUGACCUUGCUCUGACUGUCCCAGCAAAACAUCACACAUUCAGUGCUUGAGGCCACAGUGCUCUGAAUACAAACGGGAGAAACUCAGAGGUUAGCAAAGCUGGCCAGAUGGGUAAAAUCAGCUCCCAUGUGGCUGUGUGCGGGACACACCUCCUGGAAGGGCUGCUGUCCUGGUAGGGGAGAGGAGGAGGGUGUUCAGAUCCAUCGCUCCCUCCAAUAAUAUGACUAUAUUUAAUAAUCAUUCAAAGAGAGAUAUAAGAAUAAUUGCUCCUGCAUGAAUGUAUAUCAAGUUUUUUGUUUGUUUGUUUUUUAUACUUAUCUUUAAUUUCAGUUAAAUUAGAUUUAGAAUUUAUUUUGUUUCAGAGGUAAGUCCUACAGACUGAGAUUUCAAGACAUGUUUUCUGUUUCGCUGGUCUGUGAGUUUUUGAAGUUAUUAUGUGGCAUGGGCUUUACUGUAUCAGUUUAUUUAGUUAAUUAUUCAAAUGAAAAUGUAUUAAGGUUGCAGGGAUCAACUCUGCACCUGCAGGAAAGAGGAAUUUAUCAAUAAUAGCAUUUAUUAAAAUAUUAUAUUUAUAGAGUUAAUCUUUGUUGGCAUGUGGCCUCGUAUCUGUCUCUACUACUCCAGUACUUAUCACUUUAUCUAAUUUAUCUCCUAACGAGGGUUUCGGAAGGUGUGUCCUGGUCCUAAACAAAGAUUUGGAAAGGUGUGUCCUGGUCCUUAACAAGGGUUUGGGAAGGUAUGUCUUUGUCCUUAACCAGGGUUUGGGAAGACAUCUCCUAGUACUUAACUGCGGAUGGGUCUGUAUGUCCUGCUUUUGCUAUAGGGUAAGAAUUGAUACUGCAGUUGUCUUGGAAAUGGUUGGAGUGCUUGGAGGACUGUUUCAUUACAAAAUGUGCACUGAAUUUAUCCAAUUCAAAAACAUAAUGUAGAUAUUUUAAUAAAGCGAAAAAGCCAAAUUCUGAUGGGAUAUACAUAUAAUAUGGAAUAUUACUAUUAUAUGUUUUUUUUGGAUCAU